GCAGAGGGUGGAGUCUUCCUGAUCCCCAGGCCGAAGGAUGGAGGCCCUUGCCCGCCUGCUGGAGCGUCUUCUCUGGCCAUCUCGCAAGGAAGAAGAGGCGGAGGAGGAGGAGGAAGAGGAGGGGAGGUCUCCGGACGGGCCUCAAUCCCUUCUGGACGCGCCGCGCUGCGCCCAGCGGCCUCAUGGGGGUGUGGCGGCGUCGUGUGCCCUGAGCUUCGGGGCGAGCUCAGUGCAAGGCUGGCGAGCACACAUGGAGGACGCGCAUUGCGCUUGGCUCGCGCUACCUGGGGUGCCCCCAGGCUGGUCUUUCUUCGCAGUCCUUGACGGCCACGGCGGGGCGCGAGCCGCCCUCUUUGGCGCGCGCCACCUGCCGGGCCACGUGCUCGAUGCUCUGGGCCCCGCGCCCCACGAGCCGGAGGGCGUGUGCAAAGCGCUGCGCCACGCCUUCCUGAGCGCAGACGCACGCCUGCACGCGCUCUGGCCCCGCGGCGAGCCCGGCGGCUCCACCGCUGUGGCAUUGCUGAUUUCCCCGUGCUUUCUGUACCUGGCGCACUGUGGUGACUCCCGCGCGGUGCUGAGUCGCGCCGGCGCCGUGGCCUUCAGCACCGAGGACCACCGGCCUCUCCAUCCCAGGGAACGCGAGCGCAUCCACGACGCAGGCGGCACCAUCCUCCGCCGGCGCCUCAAGGGUUCUCUAGCAGUAUCGCGAGCACUAGGAGACUUUGCUUACAAAGAGGUUCCAGGAAGGCCCCCUGAACUGCAGCUCGUUUCCGCGGAGCCUGAGGUGACCGCCCUGGCACGCCAGGCCGAGGAUGAGUUCAUGCUCUUGGCCUCUGAUGGAGUGUGGGACGCGAUGUCUGGCACUGCCCUGGCGGGACUGGUGGCAUCGCGCCUCUGCUUGGGCUUGGCUCCAGAGCUUCUCUUCGCGCAGCUGUUGGACACGUGUCUAUGUAAGGGCAGCCUGGACAACAUGACCUGCAUCCUGGUCUGCUUCCCGGGGGCCCCCAGGCCUUGUGAGGAGGCCAUCAGGAAGAAGCUAGCACUGGACGCAGCUCUGGGACACAGGGUUGCAGAGCUAUGUACCUCUACCCAGGAGCCUCCCAGCCUGAACACAGUUUUCAGGACUCUGGCCUCUGAGAACAUCCCAGAUUUGCCUCCUGGGGGAGGGCUCUACUGCAAGGCCACAGUCAUUGCUGAAGCUUAUUCUGAGUUCUGCCAGGCCUCAGCAGAGCGCUGGGUGAAGGGGCACAAUGGGGCUGGGCCACCCGCUGGCACCCUUUCAAGCUCUGCCUUGGACUUGGAGGCCUGACAUGUACACAGCUGUCAUCCUUUGGGGACCCUCUGCCCCACUGGGGCCUCAACAGAAUAAAGGAAGAAAACUCCCCUUCCUCGGCUGUGUAGACCAGCGGAAGGAAGGCAAGCCAAUGGAGGAAUCCCAGAAUGUUUAUUUCCCUUUCUCCUACUUCCCUCUCAAAUAAAGUCUUAUGAGAUAGGGGAAAUUGCACCCGUCAGCUAGACUACCCCCCCAAAAAAAAACCCAAGCACAACACCCCCCAAACCAAAUGUUUCUGAAAUAUUUAGAGCUGAA